GGCUCUCUAACCCUCGGUCUUGCCACUUUGCUCAUCAAGGCUUCCAUCCUGCUAUUCUACCUCCGAUUAGCAUCAUCGAGGGCUUUCAAAAUCGUAACCUGCCUUGUCCUGUUCGUUGCAUGCGGCUACUGUCUCUUCGGGGCCUUCACAUGGCUUUUCAUGUGCCGACCGAUUAACGCAUAUUGGGACCUCACUGUCCACGGCAAAUGCUUGGACUUCAAAGUUGCGUUCCUUGUCGGAGGAGUGGUAAAUGUUACGACGGAUGUGGUGAUGCUCCUUCUUCCAAUCUGGGUUCUGAGACCUCUUCGUCUGCCGAGGAAGCAGAAAAUUAGAGUUACUCUUAUUCUUAUGACAGGGCCGUUCACUGUCAGACUCGCAAAGAUCCCCGAAGCAAUGGCGAAUACAGACUUGACUUGGACAGGAAGUGAAGGAUACGUAUGGGCUAUCGCUGAGUUGAAUAUCGGGAUUAUCUGUGCUUGCUUACCUUCCUUGAAAACGAUAGCAAAGCACCACUGCCCUGAAACGUUCAAUGACGACCCUGUGUUCUCGACGAGG